AUGUUAGAUUUGCCAAGUUUAGAGCAAUUUGCUCUGGUUGAUCAAAGUACUGUAUUUCAUCUUGUGAGUACCAAUACUGAAGUGCCUCCCAAGGGUACUGUACUCAGUACCAAUAAUACAGUCUGUGAGAAAUUCCUGAGUCGACAUACUCAUUAUCAAACCACAAUUGGUGUGGUGGACUCUAGAUCUGGACUACUGCUUGGCAAUGAUUGGAUGAGUCCUACUCAUCCGGGAUGGGGAAAGUUAUCAGGCCAGGCUCAAGCCGCUAAGAAAUCUAAUGCCCUUCUGAAACAUCUCCACUUUUAUGUCAUAUCUACACCUAUCUACACACAUUUAGAUAAAGGAUUUAGAUAUAUCAAUUGA